GAUGAUCUGCACGAAACCCACAACUCUGUGUCAGCCACAGAUGGGCUCUCUGCAACUUCAUUUAUAGAAUACCCAAAGCACAAGCCAUUUAUUAAUUCAGAUCUGCUGCGUUCCCCACGGAAACCAGUAAUUCCGUAUCCUGAAAGCAACAGCAGAGCAAUAUUUUCUGCCCUGAAGAAUCUCCAGGAAAAAAUCCAUCGGCUGGAGUUGGAACGGCUUCAGGCAGAGGAGAAUGUAAAACACCUCAGCAGGGAAACAGCAGACUACAAGAAAGUCCUCAGUGAACAAAUGCAACACAAAGAGCAUGACAGGACUGAAGUGACAAAGAAAAACCAAGAACUGGCUUCUCAGCUGGCAGCUGCUGAGUCUCGGUGCAGCCUUCUAGAGAAACAGCUAGUCUACAUGAGGAAGAUGAUCCAGCAUGCAGAAAAUGAGAAGUCACAUCUCUUGGAGAAACAGGGUUCGUUGGAGAGAGAUCGGCUUCUUGAUCAAUCACACGUUCAGUCUAAGUUGGAAAAGCUGGAUAUGCUGGAAAAAGAGUACAGCAGACUUACUAAGAUGCAGUCCAUAGCAGAGAAAAAAAUGAAAGAGCUGGAACAGAAGCUUCAGGAGGAAGAACACGCGAGGAAGCUUGUUCAGGAAAAAGCAGCUGAGCUUCAGACAGGCCUGGAAACCAACAGACGACUGAUUCAAGCAGCAUCACCAUUACUUUCUCCAAAAGCAAGAAAACCCAGGAAGAAAACUAAGCAGCCAGAGAAGAAAUGCUCUCUUGCAAGCCACCUCACUGCACAGCCCCAUUACAGACUGCGUCUGGGUGAUGUGCCCUUUGUAGCUGGGAAGUCUACCAGCCCCAGUCAUUCUGUUGGUGCCAACGUGCAACAUGUCCUGCACCUGAUGAAGCAACACACGAAAGCUCUGUGUAACAGUCGGGUGGUAAAUGAUACUCCACUAGCAAAACCCAUCGGUACUGGUCAUCCUGCCAGCAAAAGCAGGAAGUCAUCUCUGCCAAAGGACUCUUCUUCAUCCCAGGAAGAGCUCUCAGAAGUGUUGCUGACUUUACAAGAUGAAUUUGGACAGAUGAGUUUUGAUCACCAGCAGCUGUCAAAGCUUGUCCAGGAAGCCCCAACCACUGCAGUGAGGGAAGAACUGGAGAGGGAACUUGAGGCACUGGUGGGAAAGAUGGAAGCAAAGGCAGACCAGAUCAGCAAAGUCCGGAGGCAUCGGUUGCAGCUUGAGAGACUUAAGAGAGAAUGCAAGUCCAGAAAGACUUCUGCUAAACAAGGAAAAGACAGGUUCCCUGUUAGUGAGGUUAAAGUAACAACUACAGUAACCACAAAAGGCAAGAAUGCUGGUCCCAUCAAAGUGAAACCUGGAGAGAAGAGUCGGAAGAACCUUCAGUUGCUGAGAGACAUGCAGACCAUACAGACUUCACUACAGAAAGAUGAUAUCAGCUGGGACUACUGA